AUUAGAUGGGUUCUGGGCCACUUAGGCAUCCACAGAAAUGAAGAGGUUGACAAACACACCAAGUUAGCAGUGGAGAGCAGACAGCACAGCAGCCCCCCCAAGAAGCUCCCAAAGUACCUUCACCGUAGUGUCCUUCCUCUGAGCAUCUUGGUGCUCAAGGAAGUCCAUCACAAAGAAACGCAGUCCUGUUGGGAAUGCCACUGGUGCAAGUCACCAAGAUACAAUUGUAUGCAUCAAAUCAACCCCAAACUAAUGCAGCACUCCUUUAUCAAGCUC